CUCGGUCACGUGACGCGUUUGCGUUCCGCGACGCCCACAGCCAAUAAGAACCGCUAUUUAAAACACCUCUGUUUGUAAUUGGCUGGGAGUUCAGACACCGCAGCUCGAGUUACAAUUGGUUGAAAAAAAAGAGAAAGGGUUCGGCCCGGGGGAGCUUGAUUGGCUGUGGUGGAAAGGGAAGGCGGGGUCGAAGUGUAGCGCUCAGCACACGUGGAAGUCAGAGAGGAGAGUGAUUUUAAGAGUUAUCUGGCACCGUGUUUGUCAUCGUUUAUCUCGCUUUUUUAAAACCAGGUUGAUGCGGUUCAAAGGCUAGCAUUUAGGAAAGGAGGGGGCUUCGGGUGUAGCUGCGCGCAGCUGAGCGAAACACGUUGUUAUCAAAGGCAAAAGGGAAACACGGAGGCUAUGUUAAGUCACAACUCAGAUCAAACGAGCAACAGAAAGACACAGACCGAUCGGGGCUCUUUCGUUGGCCACGGCUCGGUAUUGGAAGGGGUCCGGGUUCAAGAGGAGAUCCCGGAUCCAGAACCCGACCCAGACGGAGAGGAGGGAUCGGAACCGGGACCAUUCCGCGUUGCAGAGGAAUCGCAUUCCGCCGCAGGGACCGGAUCUGAACCGGGAUCUGACCGCUCGCAAGAGAAGAGAGCCGAGCCUGCCUGGGAAAUCACCGCAGAGGAAGACCUGUGUGUUAAAGAAGAGCCCAGUGGAGAGGAGGCCCGCAGCAAGGAUGUGGAUUACAGUGCAAGAGAACAAGGGGGUUACAGUGCAGGAGAACAAGGGGGUUACAGUGCAAGAGAACAAGGGGGUUACAGUGCAGGAGAACAAGGGGGUUACAGUGCAGGAGAACAAGGGGGUUACAGUGCAAGAGAACAAGGGGGUUACAGUGCAGGAGAACAAGGGGGUUACAGUGCAGGAGAACAAGGGGGUUACAGUGCAAGAGAACAAGGGGGUUACAGUGCAGGAGAACAAGGGGGUUACAGUGCAGGAGAACAAGGGGGUUACAGUGCAGGAGAACAAGGGGGUUACAGUGCAAGAGAACAAGGGGGUUACAGUGCAGGAGAACAAGGGGGUUACAGUGCAGGAGAACAAGGGGGUUACAGUGCAGGAGAACAUGGAGGGGAGGAGGAGGAGGGAGGAGAGGAAGGGCUAGGGGGGAAGGAAGAGGGAGGGAUAGGAACAGGGGAGAGGGGAGGGUUAGAGGCAGGAGAAAGGAUCAGGGUAGUGGUAGAGGAAGAUGGUGAAGGGGAUGGAGGGUUAGGGGAGGAGGAGGAAGAGUACGUGCAAGACAUCUCCGAGCUGGGCUGCAUCAUCGUCAAAGAGGAGGCUGUAUCCGAGGAGGAGGAGGGAGGAGGGAGAGGAGGGAAAGAAAAAAAGAAACGUGUGCCGUACACCGGGGUCAAGCCUCACCGCUGCCCGGACUGCGGCAAGGACUUCCACAAACCGCACCACCUGAAGACUCACCGGCGCGUGCACAGCGGGGAGCGCCCGUACCCCUGCCCGGUCUGCGGGAGAGCCUUCCGGCAGUCCGGGGACCUGCAAUCUCACCAGCGCACCCACACCGGGGAGAGGCCCUACCGCUGCCCCCAGUGCGGGAAGGGCUUCGUGCAGUCGGGGUACCUGCGCCGCCACGCCCGCCUGCACACCGGGGAGAGGCCCUACCUGUGCCCCCAGUGCGGGAAGGGCUUCAGAGACUCGGGGGACCUGGGCAAGCACAGGGCCACGCACUCCGGGGAGAGGCCCCACGGCUGCCCCCAGUGCGCCGCGCGCUUCGGCAGGGUGAGCAGCCUGAGGACUCACCUGAGGAUACACAGCGGGGAGAGGCCUUACCUGUGCCAGCGCUGCCCCCGCAGCUUCAACCAGCUGGCUCACCUGCACCGCCACCAGAGACUGCACACCUGAGAGAGAGAGAGGAGAGAGGGGACUGGGACAGGAGCUUCAACCAGCUGCCUCACCUGCACCGCCACCAGAGACUGCACACCUGAGAGAGGGGGGAGAGAGAGGAGAGAGGGGACUGGGACAGGAGCUUCAACCAGCUGCCUCACCUGCACCGCCACCGGAGACUGCACACCUGAGAGAGAGAGAGAGAGGAGAGAGGGGACUGGGACAGGAGCUUCAAUCAGCUGGCUCACCUGCACCGCCACCACACUGCACACCUGAGAGAGAGAGAGGAGAGAGGGGACUGGGACAGGAGCUUCAACCAGCUGCCUCACCUGCACCGCCACCAGACUGCACACCUGAGAGAGAGAGAGAGAGAAGAGAGGGGACUGGGACAGGAGCUUCAAUCAGCUGCCUCACCUGCACCACCACCAGAGACUGCACACCUGAGAGAGGAGGGAAAGGGAGGGAGGAGGAGGAGGGACGGAUAACUUAGCUUGUUUGAUUACAAGUGUAGCGUUUUCUACGAUGCUGCAUGCUUUGUUGUAAAUAUUAGAAGAAAGAAUGAAAGACUCUCCUUCCCAAAUAAAAUUCAUACCACCCGUA